AUGACAGAGGUGAGAUAUUUGAUAUUUAUCGAACAAGUACUCAUUACUGUGACAGAUGUCGAAGGUGCCUUCAACUUACUCUUAGUCAUCAUCUUGGGUUCAGCUCAAGGACAAUUGUCUACAGCAGUUCAAACAUUAGUUGAUACUUUAACAAAGACAGAGAGCAACAAGACUGGCUUAAAGCAAAAAAUCUUACUCAACUUAUACAAUGCUCUUCCUGGCAACUCACCUCUUCGUUACCAUGCCUUCGUUGGCCUUGUCGAAGUAACUGCCCAGGCUGACGAAUUAGACUCACUUUAUGAUCAAUUAGAAUAUAUUGAUGCUUGGUCUACCAAGUGGGGCCUUGAUCAAUCCACUCAGCGUGAAUUGUAUAGUUAUCUUUUUGAAGUCUUGACAAAAGCUGGUGAAGACAAAUUAGCCUUCAACUUUUUGUUAAAGAAACUCACAACCUUUGCCGAAAACGACAAGGAAUCUACUGUUUUAGCCAAAGAUAUCGUUUUGCGUGCUGUUUCCAUGGAAAAUUACUAUGCCUUUGAAGAUCUUCUUCAGUACAAAGCUAUCCAGAAUUUGAAGGGCACAGAAGAAUAUGAGCUUCUUGAUGUCUUUUUAAAUGGCACACUUGCUUCUUAUCAAAGCUUUGCAUCCAGUCACAGCAAUUUGAUUCAACACUCUGAAAACAACAUUCACAAGAUGCGUUUACUAUCUCUUGCCUCUCUUGGAUCAGAAAACCUUUCACGCGAAUUGAAAUACGCUGAUAUUGCCAAUAGUCUUCAAAUCCCUGAAGAAGAAGUCGAAAUGUGGGUGAUUGAUGUUAUUCGAGCAGGAUUAGUUGAAGCCAAGCUGGAUCAAUUGAACAAGACAGUGAUUGUUCACAGAAGUAUCUAUCGAGUCUUUGGACCAGAGCAAUGGAAGAAAUUGAGCACAACUUUAAGUACUUGGAAAGAAAACUUGAAUGAAAUCCUGACUGUCGUCGGUAAUGCUAAAUUGAUUGCUGGUGGAGCGUUACAAGGAGGAGCAGCUUCUGCUAUCAUUGUAGAAGGUGAUGCCAAGGUUACCAAUUAA